CAAUCAUUUGAACCAUUUGAGCUGUGACUUGACCUAGACGGCGAAUUUCAUUCUUAAGGUCGUUAGACAUGCACAAGGUGGCAUCUGAAUUUGCAGUCUCAAAUGGAAUUCUUAAGGUGGUCGACGGAAACCCAUCUCUUUUAUCAUGUACACUUUUACCAUCUCCCGUACCAAAAGUAUUACUAUGUCGUGCUCAAUCAAUUCAAUGUGAUUUUAACUUGUUAUAUCACAGGGUUGCAAUGAAUCAUGAAUUUCUAUAUGAUGUGUUGAAGCCCGUUCUUGCUGUUGACCCUUAUCUUCGCUCAUUAUGGGGUAUAUAUUCACGAAUUCGAACUAACGAAAUUACUCAGGAUAUAGUGUUAGGAUUGAACCGAUCCGAUUAUAUGCUUCAUGUACAAGGAGAUUUAUGCGAUACUAAACGGACUUCUCUUGCGAACCGGUUACAAAGUACAGUAGUAGCCACUCAAUCUGAUAUUGAGACUCAAGAUGAAGCUUGGGAUGGUUUGUUGAUUCGACAAGUUGAAUUCAAUAUGAUUGCAUGUAGCUUUUGUGGUCUUGCUCAGCGUAUUGUUCCACAACAUCGUAUUUCCUUAUCUUUGCAUGGAAUUUCAAGCGAUUUAAAUAAUCGUGUACCUGAUUGCUUUUCUGCUGAUAGAUUUAGCGAAGCUUUAUUAUCUGCUUGUCGUAUGUAUGUCGAAGAUUGCUCUAGAAGAAAGUUAAUCACGUCAAACAUAUCUAUUCUUGUAGUUGUUGGUAAGAAUGAAAAAAAUAUUUAUGAUCAACGAGCAUUGAUUGGUUGUCUUCUACUGAAAAAUCCUAAAGUGAAUGUGUUAUAUCAUUCAUUUGAUUAUCUAAAAACUGGUCUAAAAUUGGAUGUGAAUUCCCGUUUAUUUGUAGACAAUCAAGAGGUAGCUGUUGUAUAUUUUAGAACUGGCUAUACUCCAGAUGCUUUCCCUGAUGACGAAACAUGGGAUGUGAAAUAUCAACUUGAACGGUCGUUAGCUAUCAAAUGCCCAUGCAUACAAUAUAUGCUUGCAAAUACAAAAAUAAUACAGGCCGCCCUAUCAAAACCGAAAUAUUUAUCUAGAUUUUUUAAUCCGGAUAGUUCAAGUUAUUUAAAUAUUUUAUCUACAUUCGCCCAUCAAUAUACAUUAGAUGAAGAAAUGGGAAUAUCGGAUUCCACUGAGAUUCAAUAUGUAAUUAACGAUUGUCUAUUAAGACCAGAUAAUUAUGUUUUGAAACCACAGAGAGAAGGUGGAGGGAAUAAUUAUUUUGGAGAGGAACUUGUUCAGAAAUUAAAGUCAAUUAUGAAUCAUUCUGAAAGAAAACUGUAUGUACUUAUGGAGCGUAUACAACCAUAUAUUUUUGAAAAUUCUAUAUUGAAUUCAACUUCAGCUUCUGGAGAAUUAAAUGUCAAGAAAAUGGUUGCUGAAUUGGGUAUUUUUGGUGCAAUUCUUGCUUUGUCAUUUUGAUUUUGAAAACCAAUGCAAAAUACUCUGUCAAUGAAUAAUUUACUUAGUGGUCGUUAAUUCACGUUUACUUCAUUUUAAAAAUUGGUAAAACUAUAAUACUGUCAUUUAUGAUACUAUUAUAGAGAUUCAAAUGAGUUAUAUUCUUUUAGAUUGAAGGAAUGUUGAUGGAUUAAAACAGGGAAUGAUUGCAUUACCCCGCAACUUAUUUUUGAUUUUCGAAGUUAUGAUUGGUGGAUUUUAUGUGGCAGCCAAACCAUGACAUGACAUCAGUCCAUGAAUCAUGGGCUACUGCCCAGACGUAUGUUGGUAGGUAUACACUACUUGUUUGGAUUUAGCAUGAGGUUAAAUAAUAAUGCUAAAAUCAAGCUCAUUUGUAAAGAUGCAUUCACUCUCCCUCUACCCAGAUCUAGAUUUUAAAAUUUGUGUUAUAUCUUUUAUUUCGGGGAUUCAUUUACCCUGUCACCCCUCGUGGAGGAGCAUAAGCCGCUCACCAGCACGAAUCUCUCUGUGCUUAUAUAAUACAGCAACAUGAGUCUAUGCACAUUUUUGCCAUUUCUUAUACUGCUUAUAUCUGUCAAAUUUUUCGCAAUAAGGUGUAAGUAAAAACAGAAUCUCUACUAAAUAAUAAAGGAAAUUCUUUGUGAAAAUACAAUUUAAAUUAUUAGAACCUAGAUGUUAGAAAGUAGAUAUGUCAAUCCACUUUAAUUAAUUUCAGAACAUACUUAUUUUGAGGUCUUUAUGUAACUGCUAAUGUGGUUUACUUUACUUAGUCGGACGAAAUUACAUUCAGUCAGCAAAAACGUAGAAAUUCGCAUGUAAGUACAUCAGUUCAGGUUGCAUUACCACAUUAGCACAGAGAUACAAUUGUCGAUCCACAUUCUAUAGUGGUAGAGGUAGAAAAAGUAUAAGCAGUAAUUAGAAAGAUUAUGGUUUGAUGAUGUUAUUCAAGGGGUGUUAUCCAGUGAAAUAAAUUUGGAAGGAGAAAAAAGAGACAUGAAAAAACUCCGAAGGUUAGAAUUCGAGAGAACACAAAAAGUGGAUGCGCCUGCGCCAUUGCAAAUGAUUUUGAGACAUGUCAUUCAAUGUCUCAGUUGCUAUCGUCUCGCGGAUCCCAACCAGUUAGUCUACACUUACCAACAUAGCUCAUUGCACUUGUCAGUGACUUCACAGAUUUGUAUCGUGUUUUGGUCUGGCCGCCCCUAGCUUCCUUCCAACCUACUCAUACACCAUAAAACAUCGCACGUCGGGGCAGUCGGUGGUUGGGCGUAGGUAACAUAUGUUCCAGACAUCUCAACUGAUGAAGUUUCGCUACGUUAUCAAUUGAUUUGGCAUCCUUACCUAGUACCCGUUUCCUAACAACAAUAUACGAGCAAUUCUUCGAAGACACCUAUGAUCGAAUACUAGUUGUGUUCAAGUAGAAAGCCUGUAAUUGAACUGUUCAUUGAUUUCUCUUACGAAUUGUAAUUUAAAUACUAUCCCAAUGCUUUUUCUUGUAAACAGGUGUAAAGAUGAAAUCUUCCUGAA